ACAGGAUGGACAGUUCGCCGGACCUGUCGCUAAAGUUGCGGCGCGGGUCGAGCGAUUCGCGGGAAUCGUUCUACAUGGACUUUGCCCAGGGCAUCGACUCCGACAUUGAGGACGUCGUUACGAUGACAUCCGGUGGUGCUGGCGGUGUACCGUCGCCAUGCUCGCUACCACCUGCCAGUCUGCCGGAAGUGGUGACGGUACAGCCGACCAGCAGCAAUCAGACGAACAUCAUCCUCGAGGAGGAAGAUCCACUGAUCGAGGAGGAAGAGGAGGAGGAGCAGCAGCAGCACCAGAUGGCGCAAGAGGACAUGGCAUUACGGCAGGAGGACCAACUGCCAAGACCGGAAGCCGCGAACAACAUGCCGGAUGAGUGUGGAGUUUACGAGCUGCCACCGAUUUCUUCCUUCCCGUCGCCACUUCACACACCCGCCAGCCUGCUCGUACCCUUGCCCGCGCUGGACAUCGACAUUGAAAGAGAUUCUGGUGGGUUGCCGCCCCAACCUAUCAUGCCAUCGCCCUCAGUUCCACAGAAUGCUAUCGUAUCGCCGGAAACAUUCAGUACCCAUACAUCUCCAGCACCUUCGCUGCAACAGCUACCGAUCGGACGCCCGCUAAGCCCGCCCCAUCCACCACCCUGCCAUGAGCCGCUUCCACCACCACCGCCACCACCACCACUGCAUCCACCCCCGGCCGUGUUGACAACCGGAGCAGACUAUCCGUCGCUAUCCUCCGUGCAGGAGCUCGGCACCACCGAUGGCGAUGGUUCGCGCAACGGCUCAUCGUUGGGCAUGCAGAGCAAAACACCGACCCAGCACGGGUCCUCGUCGACUUCGUCCUCCACAGCGUUUCGCACACUGCACACACCGACGUCAAGCGGCAAAGCGAUUGGUGCAGCGCCAGCACCAGGACCACUGCUCGUACCGCUACCCCUGUCCGGUUCGGGUACGGUGUCCGGUGCCGCUGACUCGGCACACUCCACACACCGGCCGGCCCAUCGGCUGUCGCAGCAAUCGCUAGCAACACCGAGCGCGAGCGGUCCGGCUAGUCAGACCACCACCACCACCCACCAGCACCUGUCCGUGCUGUACCAUUCGCACCAUCACCAUCUGCAUCCGAUCCUGACCACGAACCGGCGCCCAUCAAGACUACCCGAACCGGUGUACUAUCCACCGCCGCGCGAAGUGAAGCCUGGGGAAGCCCUCGCGACUACACUGUCCGCCCUAUACGGUAAGCUGCUCGUCGUGAUGGGUAUCGCUUUCCCGAUGGCGGAAGUAAUUUCCACCUACAUUCCACCUUCCUUUUACGAGGGCUUCUAUCUAUACCUGUACAUCGGUAGUAUGGUGUUUCUGCUGUUUAUGUACACGACACUGCUCUGGGGCAAGCCGAAAAUGCCACCCGUCUCACCGGUGAAGAAGCAAACAAUAGCCAGCACCAAAAAGGUAAUGCACCGUACCAGUACUACCUGCUCGACGGACAGUGGUGAGCAGUCGGACAGUGAGGAUGAAACGAUUAGCUCCAGCCCGAAGGUUCCGGUCCAGGCACGCCGUAUGUCACUGUCAGCCGGUGCCGCCUCACGGCUUCAACACUUCGGUAGCUUCUAUUUGCGCAUGGGCGCGGUCGCAUUCGGUAUCGGUAGCAUGAUCUACUCCGGAUUGGAAUUCGGGCAAUACUUUGAGCUGGAGCGCAACACCAAGUGCCACAACGUGCUGCUCGCACUGACGCCGGCCACCCGUAUGGCGUUCAUCUUCAUACAGAUGUAUUUCAUCUUUCUAAACAACGAGCAAAUCAAGGUGUAUCGGCAUAAGAUCGUUGCCCGGUUUGGACUGAUGCAUAUGAUUGGCACCAACCUGUCCGUAUGGUUUUCGGUGUUGAUACAGGAAACGAAGCACGAAAUAUUGACGUUUUACAAUCCGGAGAAUCGUACGCUGCGCAUCUCUCACCGGCUGGGCAACAAGAUGAUGCCACAUCCAGUCGAAACGGUCGCACAUCUACGGGUCGCCCGUGGUCUGAAGGGGCCGCACAACAUCUUCGAAUGCCGACGGUCGAACAUUAUCGGUACGCUCGUUCAGGACGCAUCGCCAUUUCUCUUCCCGUGCACCAUCGAGUACUCGCUCAUCUGUGCCGCCAUCUUGUACGUGAUGUGGCGCAGCAUUAGUAGACCGCAGAACGAACAGCCACAGCGGCAGGAAAGUUUACACCCGCUGAAGCGUUCACCGCACCACUACUCGGUGGAUUGUGCCGGCGCACAUAAGGGGCUGUUUAUCGGCAUACUCAUCCUGGUGCUGACCAUCAUCUCACUGAUCCUGUUUUUCGUGCUGAUAUCUCGUCCCGAGUUUGUUAGUCUUGCCGUGACCGAGGUGAACAUAUGCGAGCUAACACUGUACGGUACGACGACGGCGGCUACGCUGAUCGGGAUGUUUCAGGUGCGUCACAUGCAGUACGAUGCGUUCCGUAGCUUCAGCCUGGACGAUAUACUGCUGGUCGGUGGACAGACGGGUUCGUUCCUGUACAGUACGUUCACCGUGAUCGGUGGACACUUUACGAUGCGGCGCGAUACGGUGCUGGUGUUGAUUACCGCCCUUGCCUCGCUAGUAGAAACGGCCUGCCAGACAAUGUUCAUACUGGAUGCGAGCCGCCGUUCGGCCGCGACGCAGGAGCACAUCCGCAAAAAACCGGGCCGCGAGAUAGUGACCUUUCUGCUGGUGAGCAAUCUCGCGAUGUGGGCAAUCAACACGCUGGAAAAAAGCCGGGCCGAAUCGCACCCGAUCCAGCUGCACUUUUACGGGCUGUGGGCGUGGACGAUCAUUACGCACGUGUCGAUGCCGCUCGCGAUCUUCUACCGCUUCCACAGCACGGUAUGUCUGUGCGAGAUCUGGAAGCGGGCGUACAAGAUGAAGCCGGCGUACAUGUAGGGUCGUGCGAGUGCUUGGCCCUGUCCGGCACGUGUGUCUAGGAUAUGUGCCAGGCGUACGGACGAACCGCCGGCUGACGAGGACGUGAUGGUGGCUAGCA